AUGGAGUUUAAUUCCCUGGAAGAUUUAAUCAAUUAUUAUAAGCAAUAUGGUAGGAAAUGCGGGUUUGGAGUGAUGACAAAAAGGACUGAGAAGGGAGAUGAUGAAACUGUUAGAUAUGUCACCCUUGCUUGUGCCCACGGUGGGAAGGCCCGGAAUAGAACCUUGAAUGUCGCCAAUCCACGUCCGACAGGAAAGACUGAAUGUAAGGCAAAGAUCAAUGCGUUAAAAUCUGAGGGAAAGUUCCAAUUGACUACAGUUCAUAACAUACAUAACCACGACCUCAAUCCAAAGAAAUCUUGUUUCUUUCGAUGUAAUAGAAAAGUGAGUGAUGCUGUAAAAAAGGUUUUAGAUACAAAUGAUAUGGCUGGCAUCAGAAUGAAUAAGAGCUUUGGAUCUCUUGUUGUUGGCGCGGGUGGAUUUGAGAACCUCCCGUUUUUGGAAAAAAAUUACCAUAAUUACAUUGACAAGGCAAGACAUCUAAGACUUGGCGCAGGUGGUGCUGGAGCGCUUCAACAGUAUUUUUCACAGAUGCAGUAUAAAAAUCUUGGAUUUUUUGCAUUGAUGGAUUUAGAUGAUGAGGGGAGGUUAAAAAAUGUCUACUGGGCAGACCCCCGUAGUAGAGCAGCCUACCAAUAUUUCGGGGAUGUGGCCACAUUCGACACCACUUACUUGACAAAUAGAUAUGGGAUGCCUUUUGCACCAUUUGUUAGUGUAAACCACCAUGGGCAAUCAAUUCUGUUGGGAGCAGGCUUGAUUUCCAGUGAGGAUACUGAGACCUUUGUGUGGUUAUUCCAAACCUGGUUACAGUGCAUGGAUGGUAUAGCUCCGAAAGCUAUUAUAACUGAUCAGGACAGAGCCAUGAAAAAUGCCAUCGCUAUUAUUUUUCCUAAUAGCCGACAUCGAUUUUGUUUAUGGCAUAUAUUGAAGAAAGUUCCUGAGAAGCUUGGCUCAUAUGGAUCAUACAAGAGUGGGAUGAAAAAUAACCUGAUGAAAUGUGUGUAUGACAUGCAAAGCGUUGAAGAGUUUGAGGAAUGUUGA